CCAUUACGCCAUGAUAACCAAUAUGUAGGUGACAGUUGACUAGGUCUCCGAUUUUAAGCGAUUUCUUGGGUGAAGAAUACUAAACAGCUUAACAGAUAUAUGAGAUCUACGAGUGUCACGCUUCCUUCGAAUGAACAGUUUCUUAGUCCAGAAUGUAUAAGCCACUCCCUAGAUGCCCCAAUGGGAUGCUUCUCCCGCCUUUGGAUGGUUAUUUAAGGAAUGCAACACAGCGAUUAAAGGAUAUACAGCAUUUACAAACCAGAGAAGAGGAUAUACUUGUCAGUUCCUAUCCUAAAUCAGGAAGUCAUUGGCUGCAUGAAAUUCUAUGUAGAUUACUCCAUAAUCAGGAAGCAAAAUUCCCUCGAAUGGAACUCACUUUCCUUGACCUAUUAUCCAAUUUAUCUCAUAUGGAUUCUUUACCAUCCCCACGAAUUCUUUACACGCACCUACCUGUUCAUUUUCUGCCAGAGGAUCAUAUCAAAAACGGUAGGAAGAUAGUCCACAUCGUCCGUGAUCCUAGGGAUAUAGCUGUAUCGGCUUACUACCACUUUUUGAAUGAACCACUUUUCAGGGGCUACAUGUACAUGACCACAGACUGGAACGAGCAUCUUUCCAAUUUUAUGUCAGGCAAUUUCAUAUACGGGGAAUGGUGCCAGUAUGAACUUCAAUGGGAGAAAUUCUACAAGUCCGGCAACGUUUUAGUACUGCGAUAUGAAGAGAUGAAGGCGGAUGAAGUAGAGUGUGUAAGAAAGAUUGCAGAAUAUCUGAGCAUACCAUGUGACAAGGAAACUGCUUCUCGAAUUGCCUCUGAAUGCAACAUUUUUAAAGUCAGAGAGCGCAAGAAAUCAAGAAUAUUUGGAUACCUGUACAGGAAAGGAGAAGUAGGUGAUUGGAAAAACCAUUUCUCCUCUACACAACAAGAAAAAUUCAGUUUGCUUUUUAAAGAGAGGUUGAGGGAUUCAAGUUUAAGUACUUACUUUCAGUAGGGGUGCAACGAUACACCAACCUCACGAUACGAUACGUAUCACGGUAUUCAGUUCACGAUACCACACGUAUCACAAUACAUGACAAGGUUAAGAAGUCUUAACUUGACAGGUUUGUAUCAAAUGUUCAUAUUUUUUUUAAUAAUUAAAAUAUCAAUUUGUUUACUGGAAUUGGAUGGAUAGGUAGAUCUUUGAGUUGUGAACAUAUUCUAAGACGAACAUUUACAGGGAACUACGGGGAUUUCCUCAUAAUCUUCCUUAUAAACUGGAAUGAAAAAGGAAGACAUUCAUUCUUUUAUUUCUUUCAUUUAAGUAGAAAAUCAGUUGUCAUAUUUCUCGUGUUAACACGUUUUAGUCAACAAGACAGCGAAUUUUCAUCGAAAUACACGCGUGAUGAGAUAUUGUGUAUUACAGUAGAAUACGUUUAGAUCUAAAGGGUUUAUCAUUUGUAUUAACAUCUAUAACUUUUAAUCACAUUAGGAAUGAGAUAAAGUCCUCCACCGUGUUAAAUCUGAGGUUUGUAAGAUGCUGGAGAUAAGUUUAACUGCUGAUAUAAUAGAUAAGGCGUUAUCGUCGACCUCGUGUUUUGCGCGGAAGCCAUUUUGAAAUUGUAACCAAGGAAACAAAACGGACGAUUCAGAUAAUUCUGGACCGAUUGAACCGAACGGAGAUAUACAGUUUAGCGUAUCGUGAAUUGAACCGUGGAAAAGCAUACCGCGAUAUACCGUCAAACGGUUUAUCGUUACACUCUUAACUUUCAGGCAAUAAAAUCAAAAAUCUAAUAUUAAAUAUUGCUUGUAUUUGUCUUCGACCAACCUUACAGACUUAAAUCAGUUAUGACAAUCACUAAAAACUGACCCUCUACUCACUCCAUUGAUUUUAAUCUUGUAGACAGUGACACUGUCCAUAAUAUAUGUAACAGUGGAAUAUUACUCCAAGUAAAAGUGGACCAAUUGAUGUCCUUUAGCACCGCCUCUUGCUACUUCUUGCUGUUUUUUCUUUGUACAUGUAUAUGUUAUCAUUUAUUUACUGAUUUUUAACUUGUUUCUUUGCCACUAUCCUUGUAAAUUUAGAUGUGCCUGUACAAGUUUUUUUUAGCAAUAUAUGACUCUAUCUCAUUCAUAUGCAUCCUACUAUCAGGGGAUCUAUGUACUUAAACUACACACCACUGAUUAACUUAAAUUCUACUCAUAAAGUUACAUUCACUAUGUUGCAUAAAUAUUAAUAUGUAAAAAAAAAUAUAUGAUUAGUUUACUAACCUUUUACACUUUUUUUUCCCUUUCAACUUGUGUGUCUAGUUAUCAGACUAGAUUAUACAAACUGAACAAGGAGUUGUUUCUCUAAGUUACUUUGUAUAAAGUCAUCAUAUCAUUAUAUUACUAUCAAACUUAACAAUGAGCUAAUUAGUUACAUGUAAAUUGUAUUGAUGUGUGUUAUACAUGUAAUUAUUUAUAUGUAAUCAUAAUUGUUAUAUGCCAUGCCUCUCGAGGUCCAAAUUUGGAAAUAAAUUCUAUUC